UUUUUUUUUUAUGAUUAAACAUGUUACGUAGCAUUUCUUUACGGCGAUUAGAACUUUCUCCAUCAUUGACUAAUACGAAACAACGUAUUAGUCUCACUGGUCAGUUACGACCAUUCUCUCAACAACGCUCUCCUACCUCGUCCUCUCCAUUUUUAUCCAAACAACAUUCCAACCACCUUUUAACCAAACAAACACUAUUGGCAUCUAGAAAAGUGACUCCUUAUUUUCCCAUCAUUACAAAGCGACUUUAUAAUGGUGGUACUCCUGGUAGUAAUCAAGGUGGUUUUCGUUUGAACCCCAAUCAAGAACAGGCGGAAGAAAAGGCCUUGGAAAAAUAUGGACUUGAUCUUACUGCAAUGGCUGAAAAAGGAAAACUAGAUCCCGUUAUUGGAAGAGAUGAAGAAAUCCGUAGAACUUUGGAAGCAUCUCUAUAUCAUAGUCUGGCUCGUCGAACAAAGAAUAAUCCCGUAUUGAUUGGUGAAGCUGGUGUUGGUAAAACUGCCAUUGCCGAAGGACUUGCUCAACGUAUUGUGGCCAAUGAAGUCCCAGAAUCCAUUCAAAAUCGAAAAGUAGUGGCUCUUGACCUAGGAAGUUUAGUGGCGGGCGCAAAAUACCGUGGUGAAUUUGAAGAUCGAUUGAAAGGUGUACUCAAAGAAGUGACUGAAGCUGAAGGAAAAAUCAUCUUGUUUAUCGAUGAAAUUCAUACCUUACUUGGACUAGGCAAGUCUGAAGGCGCAAUGGAUGCUGCAAAUCUAAUAAAGCCUGCUCUAGCUCGUGGACAACUUCGUUGUGUCGGUGCUACCACCAUCGAUGAGUACCGAAAGUAUAUCAUGUCAGAUGCUGCUUUGGCUCGUCGAUUCCAACAAGUGAUGGUGAAUGAACCUUCUGUUCAAGAUACAAUCUCUAUUCUACGUGGUUUAAAGGAACGAUAUGAAGUACAUCAUGGUGUUCGAAUUGCUGAUUCUGCAUUAGUUUCUGCUGCCAUCAAUUCCAAUCGAUAUCUUACAGAAAGGUUCCUUCCUGACAAGGCCAUUGAUUUGGUGGAUGAAGCAUGCUCCAAACUUCGACUCCAACAAGAAAGCAAACCCGAAACUUUGGAAAAUUUGGAUAGACAGAUCAUGACUAUGCAAAUUGAAUUAGAAUCUUUACGCAAGGAAUCUGAUAUUUUAUCUGUAGAACGACGAGAAAAAUUGGAAUCCGAAUUGAAGGCUAAACAAGAUGAAAGCUUAAGAUUAAAUAAUAUAUGGAAUAAAGAACGGCAAAAAUUGGAAGAAAUCAAGACCAUCAAACAAGAUUUGGAACAAGCUCGUGUAGAUCUUGAAACUGCUCAACGUGGUGGAAAUUUCCAACGUGCGUCUGAACUACGAUAUGGUGUCAUUCCUAAUUUGGAGAAAAAGUUACCAAGUAUGGAUGAUGAAAACCCUGAUUCUUUUGUCCACGAACGUGUCACAUCUGAUGAUAUCGCACGCGUUGUCUCUCGAAUGACUGGUAUUCCUGUUCGUAAUUUGAUGAAAGGUGAAAGAGAAAAACUCUUACAUAUGGAAGAUGUAUUAUCUGAACGUGUGGUUGGUCAACAAGAAGCUAUUGUUGCCGUAUCUGAAGCUGUUCGCCUUAGUCGUGCUGGUCUGCAAAACCCUAGUAGACCUAUUGCAUCCUUUAUGUUUUUAGGAAGUAGUGGUACUGGUAAAACUGAACUUUGCAAGACUAUCGCCAAAUUUCUUUUUGAUACUGAAAAUGCCAUUGUGCGCAUUGAUAUGUCGGAAUACAUGGAAAAGUUUGCAAUCAGUCGAUUGAUUGGCUCUCCUCCUGGUUACGUUGGUCAUGAAGAAGGUGGGGAACUUACUGAAGCUGUUCGAAGAAGACCAUAUGCAGUAGUGCUUUUAGAUGAAAUUGAAAAAGCACAUCGUGAUGUUUCCAACAUUUUACUUCAAGUCCUCGAUGAUGGUGUUUUAACGGAUAGCAAAGGCAGAAAGAUUGAUUUCAAGAAUACGAUCAUCAUUAUGACGUCUAACCUUGGUAGUGCAGCAUUACUUGCAGAAGGACGAGAUGAUGAUGUAGUUAGUAAUCGUGCAAAGGAGUCGGUGAUGUCUGCAGUGCGUCAGGCGUUUGCCCCUGAAUUUAUUAACCGUAUUGAUGAAAUGGUUAUCUUCAACAGAUUAUCUCGAUCAGCAUUACGACAAAUUGUGGAUGUCCGACUAGGAGAAGUAGAAGAACGGGUGAAAGACCGACGCAUCAAACUGGACGUUGAUAUGGAAGCGCGUGAUUGGCUGAGUGAACGCGGGUAUGAUCCCAACUACGGAGCUCGACCUUUGAAUAGAUUGAUACAAAAAGCAUUAUUGAAUCCUUUGGCAAGAUUACUGAUCGACGGUGGCAUUCGUACAGGAGAAACAGCACAUAUUGGUAUCAAGACUUUAGAUAAUGGUGAAACUACUCUUCAAGUGGAACGCAAUCAUGAGCCUGGUACAACAGAAAUGGAGGAAACAAUGACUGGUGUUGCCCCUGUUGGUGAUGAAGAAGAAAUCCUAGAAGAUGAUUAUUUGAAAAAGAAAAAAGAAGAUGAAGAAAGAGGUGAUAGUCUUUAUUGAUUUAUGUCAAAUGAAAUAAAAAAAAAAACUUUAUUCCUUGGACAAAAUGCACAAA